GGUGUGCUAGUGGCAUAUAGGUGCUGGUUGGGCGUGCUUGGGGCGUGGCUAAUGGCGCUACGGGGCAUGCCUAUGCGUGGCUACAUGCACUACAGGGGGUGCCUUUACAUGGUCGAUGGUGCUUGGGCAAGGUCGGGGCAUGGGUGUCCUAUUAGCUUAGUGAUGUGGUCGGAGGGAGGUUGGUGGGCAUUGCGAGCACUAUUGGGUGUGCCGAGCGUGGCUAGUGGUGUGAGCAAAGUUGGGGCAAGAGAUAGAGAUGAAGAGGUAGGUGCACCUGCAGCAUGGGUAGCUCGUUGGUUGUGUGCAAGGGAGUCAAGCUGCGAGCACGGAUGGCUUGUUGGCGUGGUGCUAUGGUUAGAUGAGGGGCUGUGUGUGAGUGGGUAG